CCCGCGGAAACAUGACGAAUGAUUAGCCCAGCAAGGUCUUGAUAGCACGGCACAUACGGUUGCGGACUUUAAGCUCUGAAAUAGAAGGCAGCCCCGCAUCAACUCGCGAUAAUCGUUGAGCAUACUCGCACAGCUAUCAUGGCGCCCGCGGAACCAAACGCAAAAGUCUUCCAGCAACAAGGCGAAGAACCGAACUUCCCGGAAGAGCUGCCUGGAUGGAAGGGCUAUAUUGAGUGGGAAAAGUACCCCGAGAAGAAGAAGCAGGCCGCCGAGGUCCUUGCGAAGUAUGACUUCCCCGUUCCACCGGAAUUCCAAUUGGCGCCACUGCCCAAAACGAAUCCGAUCCUUGAGGGUGUCCGCUGGAAGUACUAUCACUAUGCGAUGGGACCCACACUGAAAGAUGUGCCCGAUAUUUCGUGGGAGUACGUAAAGAAGGAGAAGAGUUCGGAUAUGAUUCAUGUCCUACAGUUCCCAUACAAUGGUGAACCACCCAGAACCGAGAUCACGCCCAACGCAGACCACUUCGUCCGGAACCAUGGCGGAAUCCCUGAGAUCGACGCUGAGCAGUUCUUCCUCGAAGUCGAGGGGCUCGUCAAUAAUCCCAAGAAGAUCACGCUCAAGGAGCUCCAGGAUGAAUCAAUCUUUCCUCGCAUGACGAAAACGGUCACGCUGCAGUGCUCUGGCACCCGUCGCAUUGAGCAGAUCCAUGAGUACCCCGGCGAUGGCGAUGAGCUGAUCAACGCCCCAUGGGCUGAGGGCGCUAUUGGUACCUCGGUCUGGACUGGAGUUAGCCUCAAGAAAGUCAUCAAGUACUGCGGUGGUCUUAAGGACGGCGGAAAGCACGUUGAAUUCUUCGGCGCCGACACAUACUUCAAGAAGGGCGCCGUCUACAACUACGCCGUCUCUGUCCCUCUGAGGAAGGUAAAGGUCCACGAAGUGAUGCUGGCCUGGGAGAUGAAUGGCGAGCCGCUUCCAAAGAUCCAUGGCUAUCCACUCCGCGUCGUCGUCUUCGGAUAUAUUGGUGCACGCAGCUGCAAAUGGCUGUACAGGAUCAAUGUCAUUGGGGAGCCCAGUCUGGCGCCCGUGCAGAUGAAGGAAUACCUCUACUACUCACCCCAGAUUGGGAAGCAUAACGCCACCUACAGCAACGGCUUUAGCAUUCAGACCAUGCCCGUUUCGAGUGCCAUCAUGACGCCACUCAACCAUGAUCAGAUCAUCCAUGAUGGCACGAUCAAGCUGACUGGCUGGGCCUACAGCGGCAGCAGUUGGCCCGAACGAGUUGAGGUCAGCGCGGAUGGCGGAAGCGUCUGGUAUGAGGUUCCGUACGAUAAGAUGAGCAAGAAGUAUUUCCAUGCGUGGAGGGUUUGGGAGAUGGAGAUGCCGGUUGAUGCAGAGGGUUGGAUAGAAUUCUGCGUCAGGACUUGGGACGAAGCUCUGAAUACGCAACCUACGUUCGUGCGGAGUGCAUGGAACUGGGACCUCCAUGUUACGUCGUCAUGCCAUCGCAUCAAGGUCUAUAGCAUAAACAAGAGCAAACCCAUGACCGCGCGACGGCUCAAGCAACUGGAGGAGCAUGGGCUACCGAUGAUCCCGAUCACGCAUCCGAUCGAAUUCGAUCUUGAGACUGAGGAAGAGUAUAUGCGCGCGAUGAAGCUGAGGGAAGGCCGCGAUCCGGAGGAGUAAAGUCAGUACGAUUGCUAUUGAGGUACGCAACUCUUGCGGCAGAGAAUUCUCUGGAUCUAAGGGCUCCCCGCACUUAUAAUAGGAUUACUCCUACAGCUAACUAUGUGCCAUUGU